ACACCCUGAAAUGUUCCAGCUGCGUGAACAAUGAGGAUUAUGUCACCUUGUUGGCAUUCCUCCGCCUGUGUUUAUUUAGAUUCGCUGGCUGAAAGGGAUGUUUCUGCAGGAAAUACACGAGCCCUGUUUAUCUUUUUUCUCUCCUCCUGCACGCGCACGGACGUGUGCGCGUCUUCCUCCCCCUUUCUGCCUCCCCGCAUCUGACAGUGUCCCUCCCUCUUUCUCUCUUUCCUCCCUCCCUCCUUCAUUAGGCGUUACACGGGCAAAAAAACCGACACACUCCUUCUCCUUCUGACCGGGAAUACGCGCGGAGCGGCGGCCGGAGCAGGACGGACCUCCCCGGCGCGGUGCGCAUCCUCCAUGGUCCUCCUCUGGAUGACAGGAGGGUUGCUUCUCUAAAGCAGCUGAAGUACGCUCUGGGUCAGAGGUGAAAACAACACGUUAGGAGUCCUCCCCGACAGCAGGGGGCAGCAGCAGGCAUGCUGGACGUUGCCUCUGACAGCAAGAUGGCCAGACAGGAACACAAUUCCAAACAAGUGGAUGACCACAGAGAAGCAGAGGACAUGACUGAGAAGACGUCCCCCAACAAGAACAUGAAGUCUCCUCAGAAAGGCUCCAAGCGGCUGAAAACGGCCCCCUUCAGAGUGACACUGCUGGAUUCCUCCGACUACGAGGGAGAAUGUGAGAAGCACUCUAAAGGACAGACUCUGAUGGACAUGGUGUGUGAACACCUCAACUUGCUGGAGAAGGACUACUUCGGCCUGACCUUUGCUGACACGGACAGCCAGAAGAACUGGUUGGAUCCCUCCAAAGAGAUCAAGAAGCAGAUGCGCAACUCUCCCUGGCAGUUCGCCUUCGCUGUCAAGUUCUACCCCCCAGACCCCUCCCAGCUCACAGAGGACAUCACCAGAUACUACCUGUGUCUGCAGCUGAGAGACGACAUCCUGUCAGGCCGGCUGCCGUGCUCGUUUGUCACGCACGCCCUCCUGGGCUCCUACACCAUUCAAGCAGAGCUGGGGGACUACGACCAGGAAGAGCACGGCUCCGAUUAUGUCAGCGACUUCCGCUUUGCUCCGAAUCAGACCCGCGAGCUGGAGGAGAGGGUGAUGGAGCUCCAUCGAAGCUACAAAGGGAUGAUGCCAGCAGAGGCUGAAGUGAAUUUUUUGGAGAAUGCAAAAAAGUUGUCUAUGUACGGUGUGGACCUCCAUCACGCUAAGGAUUCGGAAGGGAUUGAAAUAAUGCUCGGCGUCUGUGCCAACGGUCUGCUGAUUUACCGAGACAGGCUGAGGAUCAACCGCUUUGCAUGGCCAAAGAUUCUCAAGAUUUCAUAUAAGAGAAGCAACUUCUACAUCAAAAUUAGACCUGGAGAGUUUGAGCAGUUUGAAAGUACCAUCGGCUUCAAGCUUCCCAACCACAGAGCUGCUAAGAGGCUGUGGAAAGUCUGCAUUGAGCAUCACACCUUCUUCCGCUUGGUAUCUCCAGAACCUCCUCCCAAAGGCUUCUUGGUGAUGGGAUCAAAGUUCCGUUACAGUGGAAGGACACAGGCUCAAACCAGACAGGCCAGCGCUCUCAUAGACCGUCCUGCUCCUCACUUUGAGCGGUCCACCAGCAAGAGGUACCUGCUGUCCAGGAGCCUGGAUGGAGAGUUCUCCCGGCCCGCAUCGUCCAUGUGCGAGAACCACCAUGGCCUGACCCACCGCAGCUACAGCGAGCAGCGACGACUCUACAGCCCAUCUGUGGACGAACAGGAGACGGAGCUGGAGCCCAGCCUGGAGCAGGAUGAAGACGACAAGGACCAGGAUCAGAGCCAGGACAUGGAGCUGGAGAGGGAUCACGAUGGCAGCGUCUCUCCCAGCAGAAAGAAGGAGAUCAUGGAGGAGAGCGGCUCUCCAGUGGACAGUAAACAGGAGCUCUGCCAGUUGGACCAGGAGACCACUCCUCGGCACAAACAGGAGUUUCUUGAUAAAUCCAAGGAUGUCCUGCUGAAGCACCAGGCCAGCAUCAAUGAGCUGAAGAGAGCCUUGAGGGAACCAAACAGCAAGCUGAUGACCCGAGAGAAGCGUCUGUCUGCAACGUCUCCGACUGCAACUCCUGAGAAGAAGGCUUUGGGGGGCCGGGCAGCUGGGAAGGACCCUGCUAACAGCCUGUCUGUUGAGGGUUUCGUCCAGAAGACUGUGGUCACUUCCCCUGAGGGCUCUGAAGAAUGGGUAUUGAUUGAAAAACAGCAACCUUUUCAACAAGACCAAGGCUUUAAAGGAGAAGAAAAGAACAAAUUUCUCAUAUCGGAUUCCUCGUGGGAGAAAAAGCAGCUGGAUAAAGAGAUAGACAUUACCAAAAUGCUACAGAAAGAGGUGAUACAGUACAACAGAAAAGAAGCCAGAAGCCAAAUCGAUGAAUGUUCGGUCACAAAAACACCCAGAGAGGUGGACUUGUUCUCUGAGACUGAGAAUGUAGACUGGUUUCAAGACAAAUCUCAAAGUAAACCAUCUCAAACCUCAGGCCCCGAGGCAAGCAGCGAUGUGGCCCCAGGCUCUCGCCAGAUUAAAGACAGGGUGGGUUCUAAACCAAGGAAAAAAUGGAGACCCCAGAGCUUGAACCUGGAAAUGCCAGCAGAGCUUGUCAGCAGGAAGGCUGGGAGCGAUUCCUCUGGCGAGGAAAAGGAAGACUCUGACUCAGACAACACUUCAGACAAAAUGCCUAAUCGAGGAAAUCAUUGUGAUUCAUCCCCGGUGCUCAUGGCAACAGAUGAUCAGGCAUUAGGAAAGGAUCAGUUUGUCAGUGCAAAUAAAGACAACAAAAAAGAGGAUUUAUCAGACGACAGUCAAGGAAUAGAGCAGGUGAAGAGGAAGGUGAACCAGGUUGGGAUGGCAGGUGUUAAUUUAAGCUCCUUAAACGGACCUGGAAAGAUAGAACAUGAAAGUUCAUUAGCCAGUGUCAAAGGAGAGGGUGUGGUGAAGGUGAGAGGAAAGAGCCUUAUUGAUAACAAAGAAUUGGCCGAGGUGAAACUUCGACAAGUCAGGUCUCAUGAGCGAAAGAUCAGCAGUUCAGGUGGAGAGGACAUUGAGGGUUUCCUGGGUGACAGAGGUCAGAGGACAUCCCUCCACCGGCUGUCAGGCAGUGGCUAUCAAUCUGAGAUCACCAGGAUCGUUCCUCUGAAGCCAGAGAGGUCAAAAAGUGUAGCAGGUAAGGACGAAAGGGAACAGAUAGGGCAGGAAGAGCCAUCACGUAUCGUCAGACGAGAAUACCGCUGGUCCGUUGGCUCUCCGGAGGGAUCGUCAGACCUUAACUGGUCUGAUGUCUCUGCUAUUCAUUCAUCACCCCCAGCCGAUCUGCAGGCCCUCCCUAAAGCCAAACACCAAGAGGAUAGCUCCCAGUCAGAUAGGGGCUCUGCAGAGAAUCAACUAUUCAGCUCAAAAAUGUCAGCUCUUCCUAAAAUGGCUCCUCCAGCUCCACCAGUGAAAACGCAGAAGGCCAGGGAGUCCGGACUAAUACUGCGGAACAGCCGGAAUGCUGGCAGGGAGCAGAGCCUGGACGCAGCCAAGAAGAGACACUCGGAACCUGUCUCUACUCCUGCCAUUUAUGAAGAGCCAUUUGCUGAUUUCAAGAAGGAGUUUGUGGAGAGGAGGCCUCAGCCGAGCGUAGCUUCAGAGGAGGAGCAGGACACGGUGGCCUGCAUGAGGGAAACCCAGCUGGGCAUCGAGCGUAAGUGCUCCAGCAUGACGGUCAGCUCCACAUCCAGCCUGGAGGCCGAGGUGGACUUUACCAUAAUCACUGAUCUCCACUCGGGUGUGGAGGACCUUACUAAGUGUACGUCGGAGCUGGGAGAGCAUGAGCGGCAGCCGGAGGUGGGACGGGAGGAUUUUGAGGAGACCUCCAGGUUCUACUCGGCCCGUCUGAUGGGCUCCAGGGACAAGUUUCCCAUGGAAGAGAAGCUUCCUGAGGAAGGAAUGCAUCAUGAGCCUCCAGUGGCCAAGAAAGACCCCACUGCUGUGAGUGCGGCCCACAAGCUGAAGCGGACCGACACAAGAACAGAAACACACACAAACGGAUCAGAGGAUCACCCCAGCACCACAGAGAUCUCACCACAGGAAUUUGAUCCUGUCAGUCCACAGGAAGCUCCUGUUGCUCUUAAAGAAAACAGCUCUCCUGUAAAAGCCAGCGAGCAGGGAAGGCAGUCUGUUGUGUCUCCAAUGACCAUCACCUCUGAGAGCAUCACCUCAGCAACCACAACACAAGUCACCAAGACAGUAAAAGGAGGGUACUCAGAGACCAGAAUCGAAAAGCGGAUAAUAAUCACAGGAGACGAUGACGUGGACCAGCACCAGGCGCUCGCCAUGGCGAUCCAGGAGGCCAAGCAGCAGCAUCCUGACAUGCUGGUGACAAAAGCAGUGGUUAUCAGGGAAUCGGAGUCUCCCACUGAGGAGCUGCAGAGGAAAUCAGAGUGCUGAUCUGAUGAGGUGGUCUUUGAGAUGGGAGGGGGGAGGGGGGCUACAGGAGUAGAUGCUCCAUCAGAGUGUCUCCUGCCCUGCCAAGCAGCUGCCACCAGCCCAACGAGAGGACUUUCUCCCCCACUGCGUACACGUAGACAUCAGAAAAGACUACAGUCCAUGAAGCAGCACACCUUCAGUCCUGUCCCUUUAGACAAACCAACUGUGGCUCUGACCUCUGACCCUGGCCCAGACUCCUGCUCUGUCUUGGACCACCCCGGCCCUCUUUGGAUAACAGGAACGUUCUUCUGUUGGAUGAUUCAGCACUGAAUCGGACCUGCUUUGGCUCGUUUGAACCAACCCUUCUUCCUGCAGUCAACUCGCUCGCCACAAUCAUCUCCCAGCAGGGUCACCUUCACCUUCAACUGCUGUCUAAUUAGCUUUUUACACUUUUUAUUCUAUAGAGGAUUUCAUUUCUGUUCAGUGUUUGCCUGUUUAUGAAUAAUAUCAGACAAUUAUAAUCUGCAUGUUUCAAUAAUAAGACCGGAGGGAAUGAAAAGAAAUGAUACUUGUUUAGUUGUGAUAAAACGGAAAAGGUAAACAUAUUUACCAAGCCGACGAUCUUCAUCUCAUCUCACUUAAACAGUGACACAGAAUGGCUAGUCUCCUUAGGCAUUUUCUCAAAAUGUUCAGAUAAAACAUAACUGUUAAACCUUUAAUUUUUAUUCAUCUGAUUCUUUUUUAAAACACAUUUUUUUAAUUCCUGUGUUUUUGUACUUUUAGUUUUAGUUAGUGAAAGUGAUCUCUCUUUAACUCGUCUCGGUGCCGUGGUACUAUGGAGCUUAUAGCUGCGUUUGGUUGUUACACUGGUUGAACCUGAUAUAUUUUAUGUGCCCACUUUUCUUUAAAUACCAAUCUUAGAGUCAUCCACUGGAAGCUGUGUGUCUGUCUAGAUGUUGAGCAUCAAACAUACAACAUGUUUUAGUUAGCCUGAAAAGCUGAGGCUUUCAACUAAUUCUCAACUAUGCUAACUAGCUUAAUUUCUCAAUAGCAUGCAGCUGUUUGUCCAAGUUUAUGGAAGAAAUAGUAAGUUCUGGGAUGGCUUGUUACACUUCUCUUGUUGUUGUGGCACCCCUGUUCAAUUUGAGCUGUUGUCGAGGUGAUCCCGGACAAGCCCCCAUUGUGUUUCAACCUGAUGACUUAAAAAAACUAGAUAGAUAAUCAUGUCAUACAUUAAACCAGCAAAAUCAUCAUAAAUGUAUGUUAACUCAAAGAUAAUGCAGUUGUCGUGGACAGAGUCUGACUGGUCGCCAGACUCCAACCAAUAGGAUCAAAGAUAAUCUGCAUCAUUGCAGGGGUGUAUUUUAUCUUCUAUAACAGCAAUCAGUUAAAUAUCAGUUUCGAUUGUGAUGUUUAGCUAUCCCAGUGAUGUAUAGAGACACUUCCUGAAAAGCUCAAAACCACAACUCUCGUGUUGCUUUUAUUACUUUUACUUUAAUCUGAAAUUAAAGUGUGUGAGAUAUUUAAACAAUCCUGUCAGCUAUAACCGUAUGUUCUGAGUGACCUUUAACACUAUACUAUGCAUCGGUCAAAAGCGUCCCUCAGACAGAACCUGACUCGUUAGCUUGUCGUCAUUAUGUUUGUGCUACCGAAGCGGUGAAGAGCACUGCUUGUGAGAUUUGCAAUAAGCAGCUAUCAUUCCCACCCUCUUUCCUCUAAAAGGGAGAAAACUGUGAACUUGAACAUGUAACCAAAACCUGCUAAAACAUAGUUGUAGAGUGAUUCUGGAAGGAGCUUUUCCAACACCUGUGGCCGUCGCCGUCUCCCAUCCCCCGACUUGAACCCUGCUGUAGAUGUGUCUGUGGAAACAAGAGGUUAUGAAAUUCUGAUUUGUAUAUUCUAUUUUACUCUAUUUUAUUUUGUAAGUCAUACGACACUGGACUGUUGGGGAGGCAUUGUUUGCGAGUCUCGGAGCACAUGUUCUGUAAACUCCUGUACAAACAAAAGGAACCUGUUUCUGCUGCUGAAAUGGACACACUGCUGAGGAAGGACUAAUGGCAUCAGAGGAGAAGCUGAGAAUUCUGGGUAAAGUGCAGAGUUAAAGGACAGAGGACCUGAAUCAUAGAGCUGCGAUUGUUUCAAGGCAUCAGUCAAAAAGCAAAAUCCAAAGGACAAGGUGCAAUAGAGUUGGAACACAAAAGGGUGCCUUACGUUUUGAUUGUGGGAGCAGCGAUCAUCGGCCGAAAGUGUCCGAGGCGAAGACGAGGAGAAAUGUAAUGCGGUGGACAGAGGACGGUUUGUCCCCCAGGAGGUGAAAUCAGCUCGCUGCACAUUACUGUUGUGGGGUUUUUCUUUUUCUCAGCGACAGCCUUCAAACUGCUCAGCCGUUCAGCCUCCACCUUCAUCUCUUCACUGCCCGUUGCUCUACAUCCCCCCAGUGCUUGGUGGUGUGUUCGUGCCGUGUUUGCAUUUUGUUUACACAGGAAAACAUACCUGCAUAAAUAAAUGUCUCACUGGUUCAAACGGUC